AUGGACGCCACUGGAGCUCCAUCGGACGUCGUGCUGCGCAACGUGCCCACCGCCCUGACGGAGGACGAGGUUGCGGCGGCGCUCCAAGCGCAGGGACUCUCCGUUCGGAGCGUGACUCGCUUCACCCGCACCGCCCGCGGCAAGCCUCCGAAGGCGCUGCCGCUGUGCCGUGUGGCUUGCUCAGACGGCAGCAGCGUCGAAGGGCUGCUCGCGUCGGGAGCAGAAAUUGCGAGCGUGACGUGCACCGCCGAGCCUGCGGUGCGCACCGCCGACAGCGCCGCCGCUCGAGGCUGGCAAGCUUCUGCGCCGCCGGAGCCGCAGGCAGCUGCUGCGCACGGGCUGCUCAGCGACAUCAGCGGCGCCGCUGCCGAGGUGCAGCGAGCCGCGGAGGACGAGCCGGUUCGCUCCGGAGGAGCUGACGAGGCGGUGGCCCGGCCAGCCAAGGCGCAGCGGGUGAGCCUCGAGCAGGACGCCGUCAGCCGCCCCGCCGGCGCCGUGCCGCCCGCAGGCUACGCUUGCAACGUGUGCGGCGGCACGGGGCACUGGCGCGUCAACUGCCCGACCGUGCGCGCCGAGGGCCCGCAGCACCUCUUCGGGAAGGACCGCGCGCGCAAGUUCGGCCGUGAGCCCAACGCCGCCGCGAUUGCCGGCCGCCCCGUUGCGCCGCCGCCCUCAGCUGCGGCGGCGGCAAGCAGCGCGUGGAGCGCUGCGGAGCUCUCCAGCUUCCCGAUGCGCGAGACGUCGCUGCAGCAGAACGUGCUGGCCGAGGACCUCGCACCGCCGCUGCGCCGCCGCCUCUGGGCCUUCGCGCGCAACGUCCUCGGCGGAGGCGGACGCGGCGAGGCGGCGUGUGCGGCGAUCGAGGCGUGCUCCAGGGCGACCCCCUCCGCGGUGCGGGUCAAGGAACUCUUCGAGAGCCUCGCGGCCUACGCCGCCAUCGAAGGGUGGCUCGCGGCGCGCGCGCGGCGAGGCGGCGCGCCCCUCAGGCUCAUCGCGGACGUGGCGUGUGGACACGGGCUUGUGGGCAUCUUGCUCGCCCAUCGCUUCCCCCGCACCGCCGUCGUCUGCUGUGACGUGGCGAGGCGGCAGUCCUACGAUGCGAUGGUCGCCGCCUUCCGUGCCGCCGCGCCGCCGCCGCCCGCCGCCGCCGCCGCGCCUGCGGGUGAGGCCGCGGGCGGCGGCGCGGGCGCGGGCGCGGGCGGUGGCGCGGGCGGUGGCGCGGGCGGUGGCGCGGGCGGUGGCGCGGGCGGUGGCGCGGGCGCGGGCGUGGGCGCGGGCGCGGACGAGGGCGCGGGCUCGUGUGGGAAGCGAGACACCCUGUCCGCGUCGGCACCGCCGCCGUGCCAGCCGCCGCCGUUGAGCAACUUGAGCUUCGUGGAGGGGCGGAUCGACGGCGACGAGAUGGCGGCGCGGCUGCGCGGCGCGGCGGCGGCGGGCGCGGGCUCGGCGCUGGUGGUAGCACUUCACGCGUGCACCGAGGCCAACCCGGCGGCGAUCGAGUUGGCAAGGAGCGCGGGCGCGCUGUGGGCGGUCAUGCCUUGCUGCAUGCGCACCGACGCGUGCGCGCCCGCCGGAUGCACGCUACAGCACUGCCCCGACGAGACCCGCCACGCGCUGCUCUGCGGGGCGCUCGCCGAGCGGUACGCCGCCGCCCUCGUCACCGCGAUCGACCGGCGCAUCACCAACCGCCACGUCCUCAUCUGCGGCGGCGGCGGGGCGGCGGGGUGA